AUGCCUGCAGCUCGCCCUGUCGUUUCACGUGACCAGUUGCUUGUCGAGCUCGGAUUCUCUGGAGAACCCGCAACCGCCAGCCUUAUCAAUAAUGAUUCUGAGCUCUCGCUUGCUUCAGGGGACCAACCAUCGGCUAUUCUAACCCGAUACCGCGCUCUAGAGAGAAAACUACGCAAAAAGGAAGAGGAUCUGGAGAGAUUGAAAGUUGACAAUACUUGCCUCCGCAAGGAGCUGGCGAGCAUGCGGCAAGGCUCAACCACUUCGACACCACAGAAUGCGGACAAUCGUGCGCUGGUGAAGACACAGAUGAAACUCCUCAAGCGAGAGAUCACGUCGCAAAGACAAACACUUGCUGAAUACAAACGGAAGGAAGAGUGGAUGAAAAAGUGUCUGACCUGGUCGGAUCGCUUUCGUGACACAAACCGAUCUCCCGUGCGCACUUUCGGAUCAUCUAGGUAUGCUAGAGUCUCUAGUGCGCACCUUCCUAAAGAGCUUGCACGAAUACCACCACCCAAGGAGGACGAGAUGUCUUUACGCGCAGCUGAGACGUUUCUUCUCGAGGUGGAUGAGGAGGUCUUAGAGAUCGAACGAAUCUGCCGCGAAAGGAUAGCACAACGAACACAGUCGCCAUCUUCCGAGCAGCACGCGUCAUUUGUGGGAGCUGAACAGAAGACUAAGAUGGACAUUAAUAAGGACCAAGAGGUUCCCGAUGAUAGGCGAACGCAGCACUCGGAGACUGGAGGAGGUAGCCAAGCUGAAGAUGAUCGAACGCGAGAACAUCUCCGGAAGCUGACGGAGAAGUACAAAACUCUUCGAAAACUCUACGACAAAGCUCGGGGUGACUUGGAAAGGUCGUCGGCUGACUCCAGCCGUGUAGGGUCGGGUGGAGAACAAACACUCGUGACUGACUUCACAGCGAGAACGAAAUCGGACCUCCAGGAAUUGCGGGAACUUGUCGUGAACGAGUUGCGCAAAUGCUACGGACUGUUAGAAGAGCGAUCCAGGAGAAUGGAAACGGCGGCCGACGACCGAGUAAAACGACUUCUGCUGAAGCUUGCGGAAGAGACAAAGAAGAGGCGGGAGCUGCAUAACAUAGUCCAAGAGCUACGAGGGAAUAUUAGAGUCUUUGUUCGUGUUCGUCCUCUGCUCGAGAAAGAGCGAGCGGAGGGCCACUGUGUUGAGUUUCCUGAUGUCAACACCAUACAAAUCUUCAGUCGAGAACUUCAAACAGCAAAGAAAUGGGAAUUCGAUAAAGUGUUCAACGACAAAGCGGGCCAGGCGGACGUAUUCUCCGAACUACAACCUCUCAUCAUCUCUGCUCUUGACGGGUAUAACGUGUGCAUAUUUGCUUACGGCCAAACGGGUAGCGGGAAGACUCAUACGAUGCAAGGGACUUCGAAUGAAGCCGGAGUGUACCACCGAACUCUGAAGGAGCUGUUUGAGGGCAUUGAGGCUCGCCGUGGAGGAUGGUCGUAUCGGUUGACAGCCUCGGUCGUAGAGAUCUACAAUGAAGAGAUCCGUGAUCUACUAGUAGACCGGAGCUCAGGGAAUAUCGCCAAACCCAGGCUGACUUCCACUGACGGGGUUCCCACAAGUCACGUUCCCGGGCUCACAUGGCUACCAGUUCUCUCUCCAAACGAUGUACACUCGAUGCUUGAGAAAGGUUGGGAGGCCAGAGCUGUCGGAUCGACCAAUAUCAACGAGCAGUCGUCCAGGUCACAUCUGAUAGUGUCAUUGAAAGCUGAGAUUGUAACACCUGGAGGAGAUCGGUUGACGUCUAAAAUAAACCUUGUUGAUCUUGCUGGGAGCGAGCGUUUGCGGAAGAGUGGUGCGGUCGGGCAGCGGCAGAAGGAGGCCGUCGCCAUCAACAAGUCACUUAGCGCCCUUGGGGACGUGAUCUGUGCACGGGUGACGAAGAGCCAACAUGUUCCCUACAGGAAUUCCGUGCUGACAUCCAUUCUAAGUGAGAGCCUUGGGGGUGACUCGAAGACGGUGAUGCUCCUACAGAUCAACCCGGCCGUGAACUCCUAUGAUGAGUCCAGUAAUUCCCUGAGCUUCGGUUCCCGAGUUAGUGCAGUCGAGAUGAAAGUUAUAGAUCCACGGAAGAAGAUGACGAGCUCAUGA